UCGGGUUCGCGGCAAUAAAGCUUGUUGAAGCUUGUGGUGAAAAUUGGAUACGUGGUUACGCGAUGAUGGUGGCCGAAGAGAAACUUACGGAGACGUUAAAAGAAAAUCAAGUUAAUGAUGCUACGGUACCGAAGGGUCAGAAGACGUAUUCACUGGAAAUUUUAAAAAUAAUAAAAGAGGCGCAGCAGCAACAUGGUUUAAGGCAUGGAGAUUAUCAGCGGUACCGUGGGUACUGCACAAGGAGAUUGAGACGUCUACGUAAGGUUUUAAAGGUUCCACAGGGAGACAGACGUCAUUUCAAGAGAAGAGACAUAAUGCCCUCGAUGGUUAGCGAUGAUAAAUUCCUACAAGUUCCAUUGAUAAUGGCAGAACGUGCAUGGAGUUAUGCAAUGCAAUUACGUCAAGAAUCUAAUACAGAGCCAAGAAAGAAAUUCCAUUUGAUAUCUAGGCUAAGGAAAGCCGCUACAUAUUCCCUACAGUUACAAGAAUUAAUAGAGAAUGUCAAUUGCAAUGCGAGAACCAAACUAGAAGCUCAAGCAUACGUGGCUUGGGUACAUGGUUCCUUACAUUUUGAAUUACAAUUAUGGAAGAAAGCUGUGGAGAAUCUAAAAAAGGCUCAGGUAGUAUAUGGAAAACUGGCGUCCGCAUUACCAGAAUCUGAACAAAUAAUAUACAAUGCACGCGUCGAGGAGCUUGCUCCUAGCCUUAGAUAUUGUGCCUAUAACAUCGGAGAUACCACUGCCAUAGAUGACUUGAUGCAAAUGAGGGGUCAGCUGAGUGGUGAACUGUUAGCCAGUUUAGAUUCACUGAUAGCACAAACACGGGAAAAGCAGGCAAAUACUGAAGAAGUAAUCUGGCGUGGAAAGUCGUGCGGUGUGGUACCGCCACGAGCAGCAGGUCUCUUGAUUGCUGACUCCAGAUUAAACCAAACGUUAGAAAAAGCAGCUACGAAUCAAGCUAAAAUUGAUUUGCUGGAAGCGCAUCUGAUAGAUUGUAAAGACGCAAUUUCAACCGUACGAGAUUUUUUUAAAACCGAGCUUAAGAACAAAGAUAACGAUAAGCUCACACCGCCGCAACAUUUAAUCACUUACCUACAAUAUAUCAGGCUAUCACGCACCCUCGAAAGGAACCUGGUCUUGAUCAAAGUGGCGGAAGAAUCUGCUAAGGCAAAGCCGCAGGAUAUCGUGAGACUGUACGAAGCAGCUCUCCACAAUCUUGUUGAAAUCUCGCAGCUGCAAGACGACGAGGAAUUCGUACGAGAGCAGGAAGCUAAGACGAAGGCCUAUAGAGCCUUUAGAUGUUACUAUAUGGCUCAGUCACUGGAAAACCUUCAUCGAUGGCGAGAAGCAAUGGCUCUGUAUCAGAGGUCUGCACAACAUGUAAAAGACGCGGUUGAGUUUGAGAAAAUUCUUCCAGAAUCAUUGAGGGAGGCUCUCAAUAACCUGAAGACUUCUAUAGAAGUUGCCAAGUAUUCAGCGCAUGCGCACAGUGUAUUAGAAGAGGGACAAGAAGAGGAACCUGGAACUAAUAAGUACACCAAAACGAAGAAACCUCUAUUUGAACGUCUACACGAGUACAGAGAGGAUCCUGUGCUUCUUACGAAGCAACCUAAUGUCUAUAAAUUACCACCGUCUACGCAACCAAUUCCUUGCAAGCCAUUAUUCUUUGACCUGGCCUUCAAUAUGGUUGAGUUUCCAGAUUUGAGCGAAAAACUCGGUGAUCAGGCUAAGGAGGGAAGCCAGGCUGGUCUUACAGGAUUCGUUAAAGGUUUAUGGGGUUGGGGAAACAAAUAAAACAAGGAUAUUGUAAUGAUAAGGCACUGGACUCUGGAUAUUAUCGCAUGUGUUGCGAUAAUGUAUUUUUACCGGUACUCAAACGCGUCGAUGAAAAUCAACUUUUCACUUGUACCACCAGCAAUAUUGAAUAACGGAAAUAAAGAGAUAUUAUUAAUAUA